AAUAUAAAGAAUGUUCUCGCUAUAAAAAGUCUAAACCCAUCGUUGAAUUUCAAAGGCUAUCUAGAAACAAGAUUCAAAUAUAUAGAUUGUACAAUACCUGUGCUGAAAAAGAAAAACUAAGUAAAAGAGAGAAGCGUCUCAGAGGAAAAUCAUCUUACAAUGAGAAUCUUCCUUCUCUUUCUUUAAAUGAAGAAAUAUUGGUAAAUGCUGACAGCAGUGAAGAUGAACUUAUAUAUAAUAUGUAUGAUCUUGAAGGGUUUGUAUUAUGCAAAUUUAGAGAGAAUGAAGAAAAAAGUGACCCAGUUGAAUUUUUCACAAUAGUAGAAAUUGAAAAAGAAUUGGUUAAUGAUGAAAUCUUGUUUCUUGAAUUUGAGAAUGAAGAACAAAAAUUUUGCAAUAUUGUCAACGCGUUACGUCUUGAGGCACUUAAGUAG